AGUGCAGCCAAAAAGGCCCGCCUGCGAACAAACCCGCCUAAAGUGCGCUUUUCAGAGCAAGUGUCCAUCAGUGACCCAGACUCAACAAUGCUAAAGGACGACUCCUUGCUACUCAUACCAAAUGUGCUGAAGGUGUUCUUGGAGAAUGGACAGAUUAAGUCUUUUACGUUUGACAGCCGCACCACCGUUCGGGAUGUAAUCUCCUCCCUGCAGGACCGGCUCUCGCUGCGCUACAUUGAGCACUUUGCUUUGGUGUUGGAGGCAGGUGGUCUGGACCAGAAUCAGAAGUUGCAUCUGCUGCAGGAAAACCAGCCGCUGACACAUGUGGUGCACAGAACAUACUUCCAAGGGAUGAAGUGUCUUUUCCGCAUCUGUUUCUUCCCAAAGGACCCUGCAGACCUGUUGAGACGAGACCCUGCUGCAUUUGAGUACCUCUAUAUACAGAGUCGCAAUGACGUCAUCAAGGAGCGCUUUGGCAUGGACUGGAAAUCUGACAUCACGUUACGAUUGGCGGCGCUCCACAUCUACAUCACUGUGUCCUCCGCGAGGCCUAAUCAGAAGAUCUCCCUCAAAUACGUUGAGAAAGAGUGGGGACUUGAACCUUUCCUUCCACUGACUUUGCUUCCCACAGUGAAGGAGAAGAAUGUGUGUAAAACCCUGUCACAGCUGCUGAAAACAUACCAACAUCCACCUCCGUCAGGCAACAAGGUUCCUCCGCUCCAAGGGAAACUACAGUACAUGAGAGUUCUCAACGACCUUCCACCUUUUGGGGGGAUUCUGUUUAACACUGUUGGAUUGGAUGAGAAACAGUCUGCUACGAUGCUACUGGUGGGCCCCCGACAUGGCAUCAGUCACGUGAUCGACCUGAAAAAUAACCUCACAACUGUUUUGGCCGAGUUCAGCAGAGUUUCCAAGAUUCAGCUGUACAGAGAGAGCCAUGGAGUGGCCCGUGUGGAGGUGUCAAUCCAUGAGGCCAAGCCGCUGGUCCUUCUUAUGGAAUGGCCUGAUGCCAGUAACUUUGCAUCUCUCCUCUCCGGCUACUACAAGCUGUUUGUAGACCCUAAACGGACUAUUUAUUUUCGUAACUUUGGUCAGACUCAGUUUGUCAAGCCAGAUUACCGAAGCUCCCACCACCCCCACCCACGUUCUGGGGCAACUGGAUUGCAAAGUGGAGGGAGGCGAGGGGAGGAGAGAGAAAGCUCACACAGAGAGUCGGGGAGCUCAAGAGCCCUGGUUCCUGCAGAGCCUCAGCAUCUGGGCCUGUGUCAUGUUCACCUUCGAGAACACCAACAAUUUCAGGAGCACCAAGUGCACACUGAGGCUGAACUCGACAUCAAUGAGAACUUUAUUUCUCAAGAGCCCCACGGGCGGCCCCGCACCAAGUCAGACCCCACACAGGAGAGUACAGAAGACAUAACUGGGGUUUUAGAGAACCCAGUAGUGGAGAAAGCAGUUUUUCGAGCCAGAGCUCAAACAAUGGGUCAAUCCAAGAAAGCCUCACGAUACUUCUGUGACUCCUGCAAAGCCAGGCUUAGGGCAGAGGGUCUGUCAGCAGUAAUGAACAGCAGUGGGAGCUCUGGGAAGCAUUGUUCUGGUGCAUGUGCCUCCAGAGUUGCAGGAGCUGUUGAUCUCACGGCACUUCCACCUCCUGGGAAUGAAGAAGAGGAUGAGGGGGAAACUGAUGGAGGAGCAGAAAUGUUGCAGCCACCACCGCCUGCAAUUGCUGCCCCACCACCCGGCUUCAGGGAUAACAGUUCUGAUGAGGAUGAUCCAAAAAGAGGAAGGAAGGGUCGAACAGGUGCCAUGAUUGGGAUUGCCCCUGGGAAACAGCCACAGACCAAGGAAGAUGUGCCUGUGACACUAAUUGAUAAUGUGGCCUCAAGAACAGUUCGAGACCAUGCCCAAGAGCUUGACGAUGCACUGGUGUCCACCUUACAGGCACUUGAGGCUUUGGCAGCCUCUGAGGACUACCCACAUCACCCUCAGCAACCAACACAGACUGCAGGGCUGAUUGUCUUAGCUGCAAUUACACCUGAGUCGUCACUGGAUUCAGGUCAUGAGACCAACUCUUCUGAACUGGCAGAUGUUUCUGAGAUGGUGUCAGCAAUGAAACAAAACCAGAACCAGACUUAUCUGCUCGCUCAUCAUAUCAACAAGGAGCGUAUUCUCUGUCGCCGUGACUUUCCCCUGGCUAUACCUGGAUGCACUGCAAAAACAAUAGGAACUGGGGCCUUUUCUGUGGGUCAGAUCCGUGCUGGCUGUCCACCCAAGCAAGUAAUCCUCAGUAAGACUGUUCCAUUUAAAGUCAACCAGCCCAGCCAAGAUUCAGCAAUACUUAGGGUCAUGACAGAGCUUGGGGACAAUCAAGGCACUACACAGACUAACCAGAAAGCAGAGAUAAAAGCAAUCUCUGAGUCUGCCAAAGCAAACAACCUUGAUCCCUCUUCUAAGCUACCAGAAGAACUUAACGUGACUGAUCCUUUACUGACAGCUCAAGUCAAUACAGAUCAGAAUUUAUCCAAUUCUUCUGGAGAAACACAAAGCCAAACUCUCCAUUAUGGUAUGAAAGUGAAGACACCAGCACCUCCUUUUGUGGAGUCAAUGAAGAAAGCCUUACCGAAAAUUUUGGCUGUGGACACAACUGUCCCUGCCAAGAUCUCCCACAUCAAUAUGUGCCAAGAUGCCAUUACUGCCUCUAGUGAGACCAUGAAGCCUUCAAGCUCUACAGAACUUCUGCCAGUUGAUGACCUUUUCUGCACAUGUCCAGUGCAAAAGGAGUCUGCAUCUCAGCUAAAACUAAAAGACCCACAAGUACAGAAGAUAGUGGUAUUUCAAUCAUCAUCCCCCACAGAUGAUGAGCGACUUCAAGCUAAAGGCCUCCAACUGGCAAACAGCAAAGAAAAUGCAGCAAGGGCAGGAACAGAUCCAAGUUUGGCAAAACCAAGCCCACAAAUACAAACCAAGUUAUCCCCUCAUUUGCCACCAAAAGUAGAAAACAAGGAAACAACUGAAAACAAAAGUGAGAGUGCCCAGGGAAAAUCCCAAGAGUCACAGAAAUGCCCAGUAAAGGCCUUACCUAUUUUAGAUGACCUUACAACACCAAGUCCCUCUGUAGAAAAAGUAUCCACUCUCCCAGCCAGAGACUCAGCAAAGCAGGACAAUGGUAAGGGGAAGUCUCAAAGGAAUGCUCCUUUCUUGAGCUUUAGAAAUCUUCUUUCAGCAACAUUUCCAGCUCGAAUGCGAAGAGAGACUGAUGAACGUAGGGCUCAGUUGCAAAAAGUUCGCCAGUAUGAGCUAGAGUUCUUAGAGGAGCUUCUGAAACCCAAGUCAUCACAGGGAGAAUUUUUGCCUCAAGGUUCUUCACCUGUACCAUCAGGCACUCCUUGUGCAUGCCAGCUUCGUACCAGUCCUGUUCUUAAGGCUCCAGGAAUCUCCAGGGAGCAGCGGCGCAGUUGUGACUGUAAGCGAAUGUGUAGGGGCAUGCGAUUACCUGACACACCUGUUGGCACCGCAACAGAGACAAAAAACAGAGGCAGAGAGAGAACUACCUCGAAGACCCCUCCAUCAGUCUCCAAAGUCCCUCAUGCUGAAGGUGGCACAAGUAGACCUCAAACCUUAGAAAUUAAGACCACAAGAAUAAGAUCUACUAGCCUUGAGUCAAGAGAGCCGAGGGGAGACCUGACCUCCUGUCUGCCUACCUGUACUUCUCAAAAUGAUUGCAUGGGAGGUCCACAGUACAAAAAGCUACAGAGACGAUACAGUAUUGGUGAGCUGGAUAACAGCACUAGCACACCUGUGUAUGCAGAAGUGAAGCCCAAAGCUAAAAGUCUGGAGAAGGAGAUGGAAAGAGUAAGAGCCACAGGGCUAAGGCUCCCUACUCCAGUAGAACCAGCUCACACACAGUCUCACCAGGUAGAGGGGAAAGGAAAGAAGGGUGUAUUUUUUAUUCAGGGAGAAGAACUCCUGCGAGAAAGUAAAGAGGGGACUGGGAAAGUGUUGCUUUCCCUGCCCAGUGAGGACAGUGAUGACAAAGACAAAUGCUGCUCAUUCUGUUUCUGUUACAGGAAGUGUGAGGCUGCAGACGAAAGCAGUGAAAAAGAUGAACUAUCAUACUCUAUACCACUCCAGGUCCUUCCAGGCAUGGAGGUAGACUCAUGUAACUUUCCUGUUGUAAGCAAAACACUCCAAGUUCUUCAUGCUGAGGAUUGCAGUGGAGAAGAAGAAGAAGAAGAAGAGGAUCAGGAGGAACCACAGAUACAAGACAUUGACCUUAGAGCCUGUGGUACACUUGAAGGAAGUCUUGCACGGGUACAAGCUCUGCAAGGGAAAACCUUCAGCUUGCCUGAUGGUUUCCUGAAUGCUCAGCUGGAUGCUAAUGAGUUGCUAUCAAUCUUGCGACAAUGUGCCAACAGCCCACAGGCAGAGGGUGAAGCUCGUCUUCAACCCUUGCGGAUUGCAGAGUACAAACAGGAGCUGGCAGUGCGCUUCAAGGAGUUCAGAGCAUCCUGUCGAAGAGUGGCAAGUGUUGAAAAAAGUCCAACACGUAUGCUUGCUGUUGUCUCAGAUAGCUUUCGGGUGCUGUGUGAACUAACUAAGACCUUCAUCAAAUUGGUCCGAGGGGUUCGUUCAGAAACCCAAAGGCUUCAGCUGUUGAAGAAAGUUGAGGAAGUAGCUAUCAACUACACUUUGCUUCUGCGUGCAGCAGAGGAGUCCAUGGGGCACUCAAGCAGCUUGCCAACAAAGACAGUGAGCCCUCAAGUCCCCUCCAGUACCAACAACAUGAGCUCACUCACACGACCCAUCAAAACCCUGCCUGUCUAGAAGGGAUGAACAAGGCAGGAAUGUGGGUUGUUAAUCUAUCCAAAUUCAUU